AUGCAGGGCUGUAAGUUGUCGGAAGGUCCCAAUGUCCAGGUGAGGGAUUAGUCGAGAGACUCCAGACCCUCUCCUCAGGGUUUAACCUCAACACAGGGUUGUCCUCUCACCCACUUUUUCUCUCUGAGACGCUGCUGCUCACUCACCCCCUGUAACAUUCAGAGAUGAGCAAAUAUACUAUCUUGUUACUAUUACAAAAUACUCUAAAGUCCAAUGUAUUAAAAUAAAUACCAAAUUAUUUUGCAAAGUAUUGUAUUUAAUCAAAAUACAGUUAUUUUAGGUAUUUUGUAUUUACAAAAUACAUUUGCAAGUACACGCUUUCACUACAACAACAUGCUCAGUAACGGUACCCAAUUUGUUUUGACUUGCUAUAGCUAGGUUUCCAUCCAAUUGGCGACAGAUUUACAUACGAAUAUUCUAAAAUCUGCAUAAAAACAAAGAUGUGUUUCCAUCAAAUGUACUUGUUGCAGAUAAAAGGCUGUGUGUGAUCACGUAGGUCACAUAAAAAUACAUUUUGCGGUUAAAUUCCCAUGUACUGAAUAACAAAUACAAGUUAAAUGGGUUUCCAUCGCAUUUUCAACUCUACUGAUGGUUUUGUCACAAAGAAUGUUGCGUUAUAUAGCGAGUGUGCCCAUUCUGGUAUUGGAACGUGCUCUCUAGCCAACAGCUCUUUUGGCUAGAGUGCACGUAUAGCCUACAUGAUGAGAUUAUGAUGUACAAAAGAGCAAGAUUAUUUUUAUUUGUCAAACAGCAGCCAAGCAUCGAUGAUCAUGUCACCAGAAUAAGACCCUCGAUAUGUAUUGGAAAACAGCAUCAAGCUCAUCACCUUGCACUUUCAACACCCUGUGAAGUUCAUAAUUUAUUUCAUCUGUAGCCUAAUAAACUGCAUGGUUUCCCGAGUCGUAGUGUGAGGACCACACACCAUUUCAUUGUGUGACUCCAAAUUUACUUCGAUAUGAUGGUUAUUAUAUCAAUAUUUGCGCAUAACGGCGUUUCCACCACCAUUUCCCGCAUAAUACAUUCUACCGACAAGAAGAUCUCACCAUAUCGAACAAACAAAUUAUCUGUCGGCAUUUAUGAAAUUACACCGAAACUUCCUGUUUCCAUCACAGCUGUCAUGAUUUUUUAAAAAUGAUAUGGCUUUACUUGCAUAAAAACUGUGGAUGGAAACGGGGUUUAUGACUGUCAUAUGUGGUUGUUUAUCUACCUUAGGUCUCAAAAGUAUCUUGUUACAAAAUACAUUGGAUUGUAGGUCAGGCCAGUGAAAUACAAAUUACAACAUUCAAAAGUAAUUGAAAUACGUAUUUCAAAUAUAUGUAACAUAAAUCUCUGGUUACACUCUGCUACAUUUAACUGGGCCAUGAUUUGUGACAGGGAUGAUGAAGCUGUACAAAAGUUAUGCGAGUUAUUGGUGAUAUACACACUCACACUCACGCACACACACUACAAAAGCACACAAUUUCCAUCAGUUAACCUUGAUGCCAUGGCUGACGUGAACUUCAAUAAGUGAAGUGAACAUGAUGGAGUUCUGAUAUUCAGAUCCAUGACAACAGUUUCCUAUUAUGCUGUUUGGCGUUUCAAUUGAUUUUUGCACGAUAAUUCAUGUUAUUCAAUUUACUGCAACCCCAGAAUGUUGUAAUCUCUGAUCGGAAUUAAGGAGGUUUCUUAUGAUUCUUCCUUCUUUCCUUCCAACAGAGCUGUGGAACCAGGCGAAACCCAGAACGUUGUUUGCCAGAAGAGGAAUCCAGGAACGGCAGAGGUUGCGUGUGACGGUAAACUGCUGGGGUUUAUGUUUGGAUAAUUUCCAACUGUAAAGUUUGGUGGAGGAGGAAUAAUGGUCUGGGGCUGUUUUUCAUGGUUUGGGCUAGGCCCCUUAGUUCCAGUGAAGGGAAAUCUUAACGCUACAGCAUACAUUGAAAUUCUAGACGAUUCUGUGCUUCCAACUUUGUGGCAACAGUUUGGGGAAGGCCCUUUCCUGUUUCAGCAUGACAAUGCCUCCAUGCACAAAGCGAGGUCUAUACAGAAAUGGUUUGUCGAGAUCGGUGUGGAAGAACUUGACUGGCCUGCACAGAGCCCUGACCACAAACCCAUCGAACACCUUUGGGAUGAAUUAGAACGCCGACUGCGAGCCAGGCCUAAUCGCCCAACAUCAGUGCCCGAUCUCACUAAUGCUCUUGUGGUUGAUGGAAGCAAGUCCCUGCAGGAAUGUUCUAACAUCUAGUGGAAAGCCUUCCCAGAAGAGUGGAGGCUGUUAUAGCAGCAAAGGGGGGACCAACUCCAUAUUAAUGCCCGUGAUUUUGGAAUGAGAUGUUUGACGAGCAGGUGUCCACAUACCUUUGGUCAUAUAGUGUACUUCACUCCAAAAUCAACGUUUGCCAGACCCUUUCAGUGUAAUAUCGAUAUGAUUCCACAUCCCACAAAACCUGUUCUGUAUAUCCAUGUGCCUCAAACCCAUGUUAAUGGAAAGAAAACGGUGCCUAUCUGUCCCACACAACAGAUGGCAUGGGAUGUGUACUUGUCUGCUAAAUAGCAUUUAUUAUUAUUAUUAUUAUUAUUAUUAUUAUUAUGAUCUUUCUAGACAUUAGACCACAAAUCUCCCAUUGACAUCAAUGCAAGAUGAAUGUGCAUUUCAUGCUUGAUUUAUGUCAGCCAACCCAUAUUGGGUAGUAAGACCUCAACAAUUUCAAACCGUAUCUAAUUCUAUUCAUUUUUCUCCUACAGUAUGAUGAUUACUAGCUUACAGAACAUCAACAAAAUGGCUUCUGCACAGCUGGAGGCGAGGCUGCUCGGGAAAUGGAGUGUACUUAGUUCUGAGUGGUUGACAGUCCAAGAUAGUCUUGGCAUAGUGUGUUGGCGUAGUGAUUGCAUGUCUGCAUCCCAAAUGGCACCCUAUUCCCUAUAUAGUGCACUACUUUUGAGCAGGGCACCUCAUUUCUAUAUAGGGAAUAGGGUGCCAUUUGGAACAAAAUUGCAUGAGUGCUUGGUUAGCAGGUCAUAAAUCUUGAAACAGUCAGAGGGUAAGUGCUUAAUUGUCAGUUAAUACCUUUUUCAUUUUUUUCCUGUGUGUGUGUGUGUGUGUGUGUGUGUGUGUGUGCUAUAGAAGCCCAAGGUGAAGCCUGCCCCCCCUACCCCUAAUUGUUCCAAGGUGAUGGAGAGCUGUAUGCCCCACUCCCGCUGCUGUGACCCCUGUGUCUCCUGUCACUGUCGCUUCUUCAAUUCCAUCUGCUACUGCUGGAAACUGGGAUAACACUGCCAGAAGAAAUCUUAAACAUACUGACACACACACACACA